AUGCUCAACGAAUUGAACGAAGAAAGGAAGAGAAUAGGACUCCGAAUAAACAGGAAGAAGACACAGUUCAUGAAGAAUGCCUACAGCGAGGACGGAGGAGUACAACUUGAAGGCUCCCAAAUUCUGGAAACUUCGUCAUACCUAUACCUCGGACGUUCUAUAAACAUGGAAAACGACAUGAAGGAAGAGCUGCAUAGAAGAAUGAGAGUAGCAUUCACACACGUCACGGAAGCUACGGACCAACUGACGGACCAAGAUCUCCGUGCCCAUCUGUUUGACUCGACAGUUCUUCCAGCGCUCUGUUACGUAGCGUGGACGUGGGCAGACACCACUGCCAUGUUUAGGAAGCUAGUUACUACCCACAGAGCUCUUGAGAGAUGUCUUCUGAAGUUUAACCGGCGCACACAACACCUAGCCGGUCUUCGCAGCUCCGACUCAAGAAGAGUAUCUCGACUUGUGUCUCGUCGAGAGGGAGUGACGUGUCCGCUUAACGGAUGGGAUAGGUACAAGGUACAUAACAACUGA